AUGAAAUACUUUACCUUGACACUUGCUGUUGCUCUACUGAUUGGAUUGAUCACUUGCCAAAACUACGAAACCAUCAGAGAAUCUCCUUCAUUCAUCAAGAAUAAGAUUCUUAGAAGGGGGCCUCAAGUUGAGGCUGCUAUGAUGUGCUUGGCAAUGCCAUUCUGUGAUCCAGCAUGGUAAAAGGCUCACAGACAGAUAAUUGCUGAACCAUUAGUACAGGGAUGGAAUCCAGCUUGGGGAAUUGGUCUUGAAGGUUUAAAACAAGAAUUUAAUCCAAAGGUUUAACAGGAAUUAAUUGCACCAUAUCCACUUUACUACGGACCAGGACCAGUUGUCUAUCCAUUCCCUGAUGUUCAAAUGGUUGAAGCUGGCGGAAUCAAAGGUUGGAAUCCAAGAUGGGGACAUGGUCCAGUUGUAAUUAACAGAGGACCAAAAGUUGAGUCUGCCCCUUGGGAUAGGAGAUGGGGAAUCGGCCCAGUUAUUGUAGAUAAAACGCCUGUUGUUGAAUCUAUGUCAGAGGACGUCGACGAUUUGUAUGUAGACUCACCCUACUGGGAUUCUAGAUGGGGAAUAGGUCCAGUUAUUAUGGAUCCAGUACCAAAAGUAGAAAGAAGCAGCAUUCUUAAUACCUAUAACACUAUCGCCAACAUUAAUAGACAUAAAGAUAUCGAAAAUAUCAACAAUGAUAAAGAUUUUGAAAAGAAGACCUUUAGAGCUAUUAGUGAUGCCUCAAAUUUGAUUCCACCUGAUGUCCAAGAUAAGCAUUUAUUGAAAUACGUUGACCUUGGAUCACCAAAUAACUAUGCAAUUCAUGAACUUAAAGAAGGUCCUAACUAUAAAUCAGAGAAACACUUCAUGACAUACAGCUCAUCAAACUGA